AUGGAUCUAUCGAAUCUACUUUCCAACCUUCCUGCCACACGGCCCGUAGACCAGGAGUCUGUGGACGGCAUAAACACUGAGCUCGCUAUCGAGUUCAAAAACGCCGCCAAUCUGAUCACCUCGUUGUACAACACAAAACUAAAAGAUGCUACAACACCCCCAACCACCUCAUCCACCUCACAAAACACCGAGUUUGCCAAGGCCGCAAAGUCGGUGGCAUCCUUGUAUCGGCUCAGUAAGACUUCCAACAGCUUAAACCACUACAACGGGUACCUUUCGUGUUUGAACGACGUUCUCACCGUUCUUAGUGACCAUGGUGAUAUCGAGAACUGGGCACUCAUGAAAAAGGCUGAAAUCGCCAACAUCCACAAAUGCAGACAGUCGGACGACGAUGAGCCCGAGCCCGAGGUCGCAGCCUCUGUUACUGCCGUACUGCCCCCUGAAAUCCCCAAGGAUCAUGUGUUUUCCAUGUCCCCUGACCUUGUGGCCCCAUACCAGUUUAGGCCCAGUUAUGCUCCAUUGUCAGUAAUACACUCUCCGAGACAGCGAAGUAACUGGAAACAGCUUAAGAAAGAGAAGGAGGUCAACAGGAAGAGAGCAGAAGAGGUGAAGGAGGAAGAUGCUGAGGCAAGAAAGAGGAAGAGUCAUGACAAGGGAGAGCAGAGACGGAAGAGGGACAAGAAGACGUAG